AUGCCACGUCUGCACCCGUCUUCCGGUCUUCCUCACACCGCCCGCCAUGCCACGUCUGCACCCGUCUUCCGGUCUUCCUCACACCGCCCGCCAUGCCACGUCUGCACCCGUCUUCCGGUCUUCCUCACACCGCCCGCCAUGCCACGUCUGCACCCGUCUUCCGGUCUUCCUCACACCGCCCACCAUGCCACGCCUAUACCCGUCUUCCGGUCUUCCUCACACCGCCCGCCAUGCCACGUCUGCACCCGUCUUCCGGUCUUCCUCACACCGCCCGCCAUGCCACGUCUGCACCCGUCUUCCGGUCUUCCUCACACCGCCCGCCAUGCCACGUCUGCACCCGUCUUCCGGUCUUCCUCACACCGCCCGCCAUGCCACGUCUGCACCCGUCUUCCGGUCUUCCUCACACCGCUCGCCAUGCCACGUCUGCACCCGUCUUCCGGUCUUCCUCACACCGCCCGCCAUGCCACGUCUGCACCCGUCUUCCGGUCUUCCUCACACCGCCCACCAUGCCACGCCUAUACCCGUCUUCCGGUCUUCCUCACACCGCCCGCCAUGACACGUCUGCACCCGUCUUCCGGUCUUCCUCACACCGCCCGCCAUGCCACGUCUGCACCCGUCUUCCGGUCUUCCUCACACCGCCCGCCAUGCCACGUCUGCACCCGUCUUCCGGUCUUCCUCACAUCGCCCGCCAUGCCACGUCUGCACCCGUCUUCCGGUCUUCCUCACACCGCCCGCCAUGCCACGUCUGCACCCGUCUUCCGGUCUUACCCACAACGACCGCCAUGCCACGUCUGUACCCGUCUUCCGGUCUUCCUCACACCGCCCGCCAUGCCACGUCGCCCCCGUCUUCCGGUCUUCCUCACACCGCCCGCCAUGCCACGUCUGCACCCGUCUUCCGGUCUUCCUCACACCGCCCGCCAUGCCACGUCUGCACCCGUCUUCCGGUCUUCCUCACACCGCCCGCCAUGCCACGUCUGCACCCGUCUUCCGGUCUUCCUCACACCGCCCGCCAUGCCACGUCUGCACCCGUCUUCCGGUCUUCCUCACACCGCCCGCCAUGCCACGUCUGCACCCGUGUUUGGGGGAGAUGCUGUUCCACCUUCCUGCUACAGCCUUUCCAGCUCCUCCCAGGCCGCCGUCGUGGCGGCAGCGCAGAGUAAACAGCUGUGCACACAGCUGGGCCACGCUGCUGCAUUCGCCAGGGGGCGACACGUCAUGGCGACUUCCGCAUUGACAGGAAAUCGGAAUACAGACCAGUUAAAGAAAUUCCCCUAUGAGGUUCGCCAUCCAGAGGAACAGCUUUUGGGAUUAAUAUGCGACCUCACAGGAUUCUUCCAGAAACAGCAGAUGUAA